CCGUCAUCUUCAGUCGUCAGCUCCUCUCCCGAAGCAAAGGAAACUGCUGAAUCAGAGGGAACUUGGAUUUUCAUCACUCCGGGCGCUAUUCCCCCCUCAAUACCUCCCGGGCGGACUCCGAUGCAUGAGACACAGCACAGGGAUCUUUGCCUGUCAGAUCUCUCCCUGUAAGAUCUCAUUUGGCUGUUUCUAAGCGGGAACCAAGCCAUGCCUUCAUCUCCCAAAUUGCUCCACCACGGCCGCCCGGCGCCGCGCAGAUCGACGGUCGUUGUGCUGGCCACCUGCCUCCUCAUCGGAUUCUCCGGCUUCAUUUUCGGUCUCACGGCGAUUUUCAGCUCAAGUCGGUACAAAUGCCCCGCUGCUGAGCCUCGAUCGGUGCGUGUUGUUUGGGAGAGAGAAGGCGGUGGCAGCGACGGGAUAUUCGCGAGCGGUGGAGCUGAGAAUGUGAAGAGGCAUAAGGUGAUGGGGUUUGUUGGUAUUCAGACCGGAUUUGGAUCCGCCGGACGACGGAGAUCGCUGCGGCGGACUUGGAUGCCCUCCGAUCGGCAAGGCCUUAAACGCUUGGAAGAAUCCACUGGAUUGGCCUUCAGGUUUGUCAUCGGAAGAACCAAAGACAAAUCAAAGAUGUCGGAGCUCAAAAAGGAAGUGGCAGAAUAUGAUGACUUCGUGCUGUUGGACAUCGAAGAGCAAUACAGUAUGCUCCCAUACAAAACGCUAGCUUUCUUUAAAGCUGCCUACGCUCUCUUUGAUUCCGAGUUUUAUGUUAAGGCUGACGAUGAUAUAUAUCUGAGACCAGAUCGCCUUUCGCUGCUUUUAGCAAAAGAGAGAAGUCAUUCUCAAACUUAUAUUGGAUGCAUGAAGAAAGGGCCAGUUUUCACAGAUCCCAAGCUCAAAUGGUUUGAGCCAAAGGGCCACAUGCUUGGCAGUGAGUACUUCCUGCAUGCCUAUGGUCCAAUCUACGCUCUUUCUGCUGAUGUUGUUUCAAGUUUAGUUGCUCUUAGAAACAAUAGUUUCCGAAUGUUCAGCAAUGAGGAUGUUACAAUUGGUGCAUGGAUGCUGGCGAUGAAUGUGAACCAUGAGAAUGAAAAAGCACUUUGCCAACCCGAGUGUACGACAUCAUCUAUUGCUGUUUGGGACAUACCAAAGUGUUCAGGACUCUGCGAACCCGAGAAGAAAUUACUGGAACUUCAUCAAAAGGAGGUUUGCUCCAAGAGCCCAACAAUGGAGCCUGAUGAAUAGUGAUAGGAUCACCAACUCGCGAUACUAUCACAUGCAGAUUUCUUGUACCAUCUUAGUGCUUCUACCUCUGAUUUUGCAAUGUUUUUUUUGUCUCUGAAGGCUGACCAGGUACUAUCGAUAUUGAUUCAUUUAUCACUCGAGCCACACUCUUCACACUAUACCUGUACAAACAAUUUAGAGUAGCUGAUAGUUCGUAGCGAUGUAAUCACCCUCCAUUCUUGAGUUUUCAAGAGUGUAUAAUUUCUUCUCUUCUUAUCA